GGAUUAACUUGUGUUUGGUCUAUUCAUUCCACCAUGUUUAUUGAAAUAGAAAUUUUGUCUAUUUCACUUCAGAGGAAAAUUCUAUUAAGUGAAAUGCAAAAGAUGAGUAUAUAUGACAUUAACCCAGGGCAAUGUGAAGACUCACUGAGCAUUAUAGAUCACGACGGAUAUGGAAAAACUAUUCUACCAAAUGAAGAUCAACUAAAUGGAGUCAAGCUGUUAUCUGCGUCCAAUAAAAUCAAGAUACAACUAACAUCCUGUUAUCAAUAUCAAAGGAAUAAUCAAAAGAGUUUCGAAUUAAAAGUAUCCACGAUUGAUUUACCAGGAUGUGGCGGACUAGACAGUUGCUUUAAAACAUGUAACCAGCCUUCAGCCUACAUUUAUACACCAGGAUUUCCUAUAGCUUAUCAACCAGGCGAGGCAUGCUUCUGGAAGAUCGAAGGCGUAUAUGGUCAAUUUGUAAAACUCACUAUUAUCAACUUAGAUGUUACAGAUGACUCAUCAUGUGAAAAAUCCUUUAUUUCUGUUUAUGAUAUAGACAUACAAGGACAAGCAAAAUCCUUAGGAAAAUUUUGUAAAGAUAAUCGGCCAUACGAAACAUUUAUAUCAAGUUGGGAAAGACUUCAAAUUGAAUUUAAAGCUGCUACUGAUAUACCGGGAAGUGGAGGAUUUCUGGGAAAAUAUGUCAUGAAAACUUUUAUACAAGAAUCAUUCGAUGUAUCAAAUGACAGUUGCCCAGACAACUGGCAUGCAUUUAGGAACAGUUGUUAUAGUUUACAGAAGAAAAACUUUGGCAUUACAUGGAUUGAAGCCGAAAAUGAAUGCAAGAUUAACAACGGUCAUCUUGUUAGCAUAGCUGACAUUUCUGAAAUGAAAUUUAUUCAUUACCUCAUUACUGCUUAUAAAGAUUAUCUAGAAGGUGAUCGUGCAUAUAUAGGCCUGAAGAAGAAGACUAAUGGUUAUUCUAUGAGGGACUAUAUUUGGUCGGAUGAAAAACCUUUGACGUUCACUGCAUGGUUUUUUGAUAAAAGUACAGGAUUUGCACAACCAGAUGGCUUAGAGAAUGAACAAUGCUCAAUAAUUCAGCUGUUUAGUAUACACAAUAUAAAUGCAUGGCAUGAUGUUGCUUGCGCCUACAACAAAAUAUCAAACUUCAUUUGUGAGACAGAAACUGUUCCAAAUGUUAAUGAUUAUAUCAGAAAUUCAAUAAAUCAAGUAACAGCACAACCCGAUGAGAUCCUGUACCUAUGUUACUCUGGUGAAUAUAUUCUUAAUAUAUUUCAAUGUGAUGCGGUGAUAGAUUGCAUUUCUGGCGAUGAUGAACAGAAUUGUUCAUCUUCCUGUUCCAAUGACCAGUUUACCUGUGAAGAUGGCAGCUGUAUAUCAAUUAGUUUACAUUGUGACUUUAUUCAGCAUUGUCAGGAUGGAUCGGAUGAAAAAUUUUGUGAAAGACGAUCAUGUUCAACAAACGAGUGGCAGUGCAAAAAUAUGCAAUGUAUUCCUGUACAUCAAAGAUGUGAUUUUGUUCCUAAUUGUUAUGACAAAUCUGAUGAGAUAUUGUGUGAAAUUUGUGGAUCAAACAGUUUCCAAUGCUACGACCAGACCUGUAUACCGUUUUCGAGAGUUUGUGAUGGAGUAAUUGAUUGUAGCGGGCUUUUCCAUGAAGAUGAAUCUGAAGACUGUCUGAAGAAAACACAACACACUUGCAAAGAUUGGUACGCCAGUGGUUCGAAGGAAAAUGGAGUAUAUCUUAUUGAUUUAUAUCUAAACGAUAGUGCAUCAGUAGAAUGCAUAUUUGAUGAAUGGGAAAACUAUACCCAAAUAACAACGAUAGUCCACCAUGAUAAUGAGGAGACAGUUACGGCCACCCUAGACGGAUAUGAUAUAAUACCUGUCUAUUUUGCAAGUGACGCACAUAUUGAAAUCCUAAAGGGUAUUGGCAAAUGCAGCCAAUCAAUAGGCGUGUAUUGCCAUUUUUCAGAAAAUCGAGUGUACAGAUCAUCCCUAAUCGCAGGCAUCAUUGACAACAAAACGCCUCAGAAUGAUUGUGGGUGCCCAUUCGUUGGAAAUUGUGAUUCUGAUAUUAAAAGAUGUAACUGUGGUAAUGAGCCAUACGACUGGUACACAGCUGAUAAUAAUGAAAUACGAUCAGACAUCGGAGUUAUAUACAAUGAAACACAACUUCCUGUAAAACAUGCCUAUACACUGCCAACGACGACUUACAAUAAAUUGAAUCUUGGACCUUUAAAAUGCAUUGAAGAUUUUCAAAUAUCAUCGAACAUAUUUCGGUGUAGCGGAGGGCAAACUGUAUCAUCAGAUGUUUUGUGUAUAUUAGAUUAUGAUGAAAAGAAGGAAAUUAUUGGUUGCAGAGAUUUGUCACAUCUAACAAGCUGUGAAACGUCCCAUUGUCCUCUGGGGCAUCUUAAGUGCCAAGACAGUUAUUGUAUUCCACCAAAACUUUUGUGUAAUGGAGUUCAAGAUUGUCCAGCCGGAGAGGACGAGAGCGAUUGCAGAAAACCUGAGUGUGAUGGACUUUUUCGAUGCCAUGAAAGUGAUAUAUGUUUAAGCCUAGACAAACGUUGUAAUGGAUUUGCUGAAUGUCCACAGUUUGAUGAUGAACUGCUCUGUGAGAUAAAUUGCACAUCAACAUGUAAAUGUGCUGGUUUGUCAAGUAAAUGUGUGCUUGAAAACAUGUCAGUUAUUUCGUUUCCUCCAGAAACCAGAAAAAUAGACCUGAGUAUGUCUAAUUUAUCAGCUGUUGAUAUCGUAUUGGAAAAUAACUUUCUUUUAGCUGAACUAAAUCUAUCAUCAACCAGACUUCGUGAUCUUGAACUCAUACAUUUUGGAAAAUUCCACAAUAACCUGUAUUUAUUGGACCUAUCACUAAAUCAGAUAUCAACAAUACCUAGAUAUACAUUUGAAAGAAUGGUCCAUCUAAAAAUACUUCUGUUCGCAGGAAACACAUUACUUGAAAACGUCUAUCCACAAUCGUUUGCAGGAUUACCCAGUGUAUCGAUGAUGUCACUUGUACAAUCUAACAUUUGGUUGUUACGAAGUAAUAAUUUUAUGGGCGUUGAAAAUUUAAUAGCACUAAACCUCUCACAUAAUAAAAUCGGAAAGGUUGAAGAUCGCACUUUUAUAGGAUUGAACCAAUUGAAAAGUCUUGACAUAAGAGGAAAUAGUAUGACUGAAUUUCAAGAGGACAUUUUUGAAGGUCUAACAAGUCUUGAAAAACUUUACUCGGACGCCUACGUAUUUUGUUGCCUAAGACCAGGUUCUGUAAAGGAGGAAGAUUGUUUACCAGCAAGAGAUGAAUUCUCAUCGUGCUCAGAUAUGAUGAGAAACGAUAUACUUAGAACUUGCUUAUGGGUAAUUGGAUUAUGUGCACUGAUUGGAAACUUGAUCGUUCUUAUAUACCGUGUUAUUUAUGACCGUGGUUCAUUGUCAAAAAGCUAUGGUAUUUUCAUCACAAGUUUAGGUACUUCAGAUUUCAUGAUGGGUGUUUAUAUGUUAACUAUAGCAUCUGCCGAUGUUAUGUUUCGAGGGAACUAUGUUUGGAAUGAUCUUUCGUGGCGGUAUGGAGUCCCUUGUAAAAUAGCUGGAAUUAUAUCAACGGUCUCCAGUGAAAGUUCGGUAUGCUUUCUCUUUCUGAUAACUAUCGAUCGUUUUAUCGCAAUCAAAUAUCCUUUUGGUGAGAUACGAUUUGGGAAAAGAUCAGCUGGGUGUAUUUCAUGUUCUGUUUUCAUGAUAAGCUUCAUAAUAGCAGUCGUACCGUUAAUUUUACCUGGUUCAUACUUUGACGGAAAUUUCUAUUCACGAUCAGCAGUUUGCCUUGCGUUGCCGCUCACCCGCGACAAACCGAACGGCUGGGAGUACUCAUUCGGAAUUUUCAUUGUGUUUAAUUUUAUGCUGUUCUUGAUAAUAGCUGGUAUGCAGCUAAUAAUUUAUCGAGAAGUCACAAAUACUAUGAAUAGUGUUAGAUCUACAAAGAAAAACCAAGACUUGACAAUUGCAAGGAAUCUCUUUAUUGUUGUGUUUAGUGACUUCCUAUGUUGGUUUCCUGUUGGUGUAAUGGGUUUGAUGGCACUAAAUGGACAUUUGAUUCCUGCUGAGGUUUAUGCAUGGACUGCUGUAUUCAUUUUGCCUAUUAAUUCCGCUCUGAAUCCUUUUCUGUAUACGUUUUCGGCUAUAAUUCGAACAAAACGUGUGCGGAGAAGAGCAUCCAGUCAGAAGUGCCUGACAAAUCAGAUGUCAAUCGUUUCUAAUGGUAAUACCAAUGAAAACAGCAGGGACUCGUUUGAUAACAUAACAAGUAAAGAAGGUCUUUUUAAGAAGAUCGUCAAAGCUGUAGAACAUUCCCUCCAAAAUUCUACUUUGGAUGCAGAUGACAUAGAAACACUCGUAUCGCAACUGAACAGUGCCACAGAAUCACUUACGAAGACAUGA